AUGGCCAAAGCACUGCGAAAAAGGGUUUCGCGCGCAGCUCCAAAAACGGACCGGAAAGGACCAGUGGUGGAAAUUGGUCGACAUAAUAAUACUGCUAUACAUGGUUUGGGUGUCCCAGCAAUCCAGGAAUUCCAGGACCUGAUAGACCUGCAAAGAAACGAAUUUGAGAACGUAAAAAUGGGUUUAUCUCAACAGAAUGUGCAGUUAGCACGAUCCAAUAGCGAGCUUAUGAUCAAAGUUCGUGAGAUGGACAAAUCUAUAAGUGAGCUUAUCCAGGAAAACGUGGGUCUGCGCUCGAAACUGUCUUUGAAAGAACACGAAUUCAAAGAGAGAUUGGGACGUACAAUUGGAUCAUUGGAAGAAGGAGUCUUGCAGCGAUUUGAUGAGAUAUUGCAUAUGUUUGACUCUGUACGCCGAAGGCAAGGCUUAGAAGUACCACACGACUCACUGGUAAGGCGAUCUGCCCUCAUGAACGAGCCCAGAUCGAUCCUGAAAAGGGAUAGAUUGCAUAAUAGCCGCGAAACUUCUACGACCACUACUACCAUAGCAUUUAACGAAGGUAACAACCAAGUAAUUUCACCAGAGCCUCGCGUAGUGGACAGCUCGCAUAUUCAGCCUUCAGAAGGUUCUAAUGAAAGCCCGGCAGCCAGGAAAAGACGGAAAAGUUCACGCAGAGAAUCGUUAUUCCACCCUUCGGAUUUCGAAUUUGCCGAUAUCGCUUAUAAUGAAGAUAUGGACGCCACAGGUCAAGAUGUUAUGUCGGAUAGACCCACUGGCACCACAGUGGACGAACAAAACACGUCAUCUCAAAAAAGCUUUGAAGAACCCGUGCAAAAUACAGACCUACCACAGCCGCCGCACCACGACUCUGUAGAAGAGUCAUGUAACUUUACAAACUCUCUUAUCGAGUUUUCAAUUCCAGAAGAACUGCCUGAAAAACCUGUAGAAAGUUCUGUGACCUCGGAUUCUGCAAAACUUCAGGUUUAUCAUGAUAAUGAAGCCCAAACCCAGAACAACCGCUCUCAAUUACUACCAGAUUCAAUAACAAAUACAGCAUCAAGAGCCCAUGAAGCUAGUGGUGAAGUACAACACGUGUCAUUCGUCCAGAACACAACGUCUUCCCAGAAGAAAGUUAAGCAUUCAAUGAAAUCCAGGGGAUCACAAAGGCGGAUUGUCGAUGAGGUCAUGCCAGCCACAUGUGGUCCUAUUGAAGAUCUUUCUGACUCUUCUAGAUUGAGAAGGACCCGCGGAAAAGAAAUCAAUUAUGCUUUACCGUCCCUACGUGCCAAGAUGAGAAGACCUACAGAAAAAUUGGUAGAUGCCACCACAGUCACCAACAUUCGUGACCUUCAAGUUGAGGGCAAUCGUCGCAAGUCAGGAUCUUAUUCCAGGGAUGGCUCACCAAUAAUGAGCGAUGAUCAGGUCGAUGGCUCCAAAAUAAGCCUUCUGAAAAAUGCGCCCGAGACUUCGCAACAACUCCUGGAAACGCAGAUACCAACCACAAUUCCACAGAACCCCAAAAAUGCUUCCGAAACUAGUUUUCCGAAACCUUCCACUAACGCAUUAUCCCCAAAGAUACCUAAACUGAAUCCUCUGAAGGACAUAACCAACAAUGCACCUGCAAAAUCAUCUAUAAAAACCAAAAAACUGUUCAAGAAGCCAAUAGUUGGCGAUUUGGGCGGUGAAAACUCCAAUAGCUUCGACGACAGUUCUGGAAACCGCAGUACAAGCUUUAGAGUCAAUGAAGAAGAUUUGUCGCUAUUUAAUUUGCUUGACGACUUGAAAGCGCACGCAGCACCGAAGACGCAUAGAGCUAAAGCUAAACAAGAGGCUGGAAAGCGAGGCAAAAAGCCCGCAUUUAGAUUGUAG